AUGUUACCUAAAUCACAUGAUAGUCCAUCUAGUUUUGAACCAAAACAACGACUUCUUGGUCCAGCAGAAAAUGGUAUCCUGAGGAUCUCACAACAGUUUCAAGGCUAUCAGAAAGUUGGUCAAGUUUUACACUUACAAGGUCCAUACAUUUCUUUAGAAACAUUAUCUUCAGCGAUUAGUCGUCUGCAACGUCGUCAUCCUUUUCUUCGAAGUCGUUUACAAAUUAGUUCUACAGAACCAGACAUUUAUCUAAUGGAGGAAGACGACACACUUUGUCUCAAGAUUCUAGAAAUACCACGAAAGAAUGCUGAUCAUCUUCAUUUCUGGCGUCAAGCAUGGAAAGAAAGAGAGAAAGAUACAAUAGUUAUUGGACAAGGACUUGCUGAAUUUUGGCUUUUACAGGAUGCAACCGAUCAGAACAUCGAGGAUAGUCCAAGAGAAAUAGUGGUCGUAUGCGAUCAUAGCAUUUGUGAUGGUGUGUCUCUUAGUACUGUUGCACACGAACUCUUAAUUGCUUUAAGUGAUAAUAGUAUAAGUAUAACAAGUCAUUCGUUGAAUUGGCCAAUUACUAUGGAAGCAGCUGCUCGUCAAAGUCUCUCAAGAUGGGGAAUACUAAUCACAUUUAGUAAACUUGCUCUUGCUUUCUUAUAUUGGAAAGCUACUAGUUCCCGACCUACUGCAAGACUACCAUGGACAAAUGUCGAUUUCUCGUUAGAUGACAUGCAUAAGUAUUGUCAUACUGAAACUCGUUAUGGUAUGUUGACUAAGGAAGAGACAAAAAAGCUGUUUGAAACGUGUCGACGAGAGGACGUAACAGUUACAUCAGCUGUGAGCAGUGCCAUUUUAUGUAUUACAUCUACACUAGUGAGUGUUGAUAAUAAUCAAAUGACAAACUUGGUCUUCACAAUUCCAGCUGAUACUCGCAGAAGAUGUAUACCGCCAGUACCGAAUCAUGAUCUCAGCUAUCAAGUUUCAGGAGUCAUGGGAUUUACAAUGGCUACAAGAGACACGCCAACAGAAUCAAAAGGUAUGUGGCAACUUGCAAAAACGUUCGGACAUCAUGUGAAUAAAUCAGUUAAUGCCGGACAUAUUCUUGCACUGGCUAUGGUUAUGGAGAAAAUCUAUCAGAAGAACAUAGGUCCAAUUGAUAUUGCACACCUUCCGACUACUGUAAUUACAAACUGGGGACUUUUGCCUUUCGAUGAACAGUAUGGCAAAUGGAAAAUUACAGGAAUGACUCCUAUCGGUAAUUUGAUCCGAGCAGUCAUGCCAGUCUUUAUGCUUCAAACUGUCAACGGAAUAUUGACGGUUGCUUGUGGUGGUGCUGUCCCUCUCAUCUCUGAGACUAUUAUAGAGAAUUUAUGUAAUGGUACAAUGCAUAACUUGCGUCAAAUGAUAGAAGACUAA